CAGCAACGCGCGUGUUCCGAGAUCGACAGUUCCCCAAAAGGAAACGCUGAAGAAGCGACGGUUACAUUUACAGUUCUUCGUCCAGUGGCAUUUUCCAGGUGUCUGUCUGUGGCUUUGUGUGCUCGUGAUCGGAGAGAUUUGCGCGAACAUAAAUCAGAAGUUUAAUCAAUCUCACGUGCCGACUUGCAGUUUUCCAACAGUUUUGCCAGUUACUUCGAGGUGAUUAAGUAUACGCCAGCACAUAGCAGCCACCCUCGAGCGGAUGCGGAAAUCGCUAAAGAGGAAGUCCGCACGGUUCUAGCUGCUGUGGCAAUGGCAGAGGUGAAAGUGUUGCCAGCACACCAAAAUUGAAGCGGAAACCGGAAAUCAAACUAAAGUGCGACGCAACACGCGAACUCAUAAUGUUCCAGAAACAGAAACACAAUAAAACAUAAAGCCAAAGGCAUUUCAUUGAAAGUAAACGACACAGAAGGAUCCUUCUGCACCAGUGCCUGGAGAGCAGAGCACUCUUUAGUGGGAGGCCAAUCCCUUGAGCGACAAACGAUUCACAGUCUAAACAGACAACGACGACGAUAUAAUGGCGGACUUGGAACGCAUACGCCUUGUUCUGCUGGGCGGUGCAGGGGUGGGCAAAAGCUCCAUUGUAAAGCGUUUCCUAUUUAAAACGUACACAGACAAGUACCGUGCCACCGUCGAGGAUCUCUACAACCGCGAGUACGACCUGGGUGGCGUCACGCUAAAGGUGGACAUUUUGGACACGUCCGGUGACAUGCAAUUCCCCGCCAUGCGACGCCUCUCCAUUGCCACGGCGCACGCGUUCAUGCUCGUCUAUGCCGCCACAUCAGCGCCCAGCUUCCAGUGUGUGAAGCAGUGCUUCGAGGAGAUCCGAGAGCAGCGCGGCGACUUUCAGGACAUUCCUAUUGUGAUUGCCGGGAACAAAGCCGACCUGGCACCCACCCACAGAGAGGUCAAACAGGAGGAGGUGACAGAUUGGGUGUUCUGCGAGCUACCGCGCUUGAGGGCCAAAGUCCUCGAGUGUUCAGCGAAAGAGGACAGCAACGUUACUGAGCUGUUCAAGUCCCUGCUUUCCCUGUCCCGCUACCUGCCCGCCAGCAGCGGCAGCAGCGGGUCCGGCGGCGGUGCGGCCGCUGAGGCGGCGCCCAGCGGAUUCAAGCGCCGCUCAUCAGCCUACGUAAGCGCCUCGUCUAGUCGCAACAAAAAUCGCAUGAACAGUCCGGCAUUGGGCGGGGCUGGGGGCAGCGGCGAUAAGAAGUCCUCCAGCCUCGUCGAUGCUGUAGAUGUGGCCAGCACCAGUGCCGAGGCGAAACUGAAGCCGCGUUCCAGAUCCCUCAUCCGCCGCGCCUCACGCAAGACCAAACAGCAAAUCAACAACGCAUCCGAUGACUGCAAUUUGCAGUAAAUAUUUUGGGCGUCAGGGGCAUAAUUAAAUUAUGGAUUAUGUGGCCACACAAUAUGUAUUAUUUAUACUAGUUGACAGUUAAUUAGUGUGCAUAAACAAUGGGCGCGAUAACAGCAUCAGAUUCGUGGAAACCCAAAACCUGCUCAAAGGCAAACAAAACCAGUAACCUGUAUGUGUUGAUAAUAAAUGUAAAACUAUAAAAUUAGUGUAUGCAUGUUAUGUGCCACAUUGACUUACCCAAAAAAGAUACUCUUUGCCUGCAUGGGUACAGGAGCGUACACAGUUUAUUUAAAGAGUGCAGAUUGUAUUCCUAUUUUGACCAGACCGCAGGCCGCUGUCCAUUUUUCAGAUUUCCAAGCAAAAAUGUCUCUCAGUUUUAGAUAGAGACUUUCGUCAGUCUCUUCAACAGAAUUAAUUCCAAAUAUUCAGGGGAAAUCGGUUUUGAGUCUGCAGCGUGCAAGCAUUAGGAUAUUAAUUCCUGGCAUGGAUGGCAUACCAUUUUGAGUUUUUGGUUACUACGGUUUACCAGGGACCGGGGACCAGUUUAUUUAUAUUUGAAUUUACUUUUAUACGACUACAGAAUUUAGAUUUUGUAAAUUUUAUUCCUGCCUGAGGUAGAAAUUUGUGUGCGGAAUUUAAAUUUAAUCAGUGACGGGGCAAAAGGGGGAUGCUUGGCGAGGUAUCGAAGAAUCGUAAUACAGUUCAUAGAGUUCCUUUUGAUGAGAAAUUAAUGGCUCAGUCGUUGUUAUUCUGGAAGAAGACUAAAUUUAAUGCGUUUUCCAUUGAUUGAUUAGCAUAAUACCCACAGGUAUAAUAACUUAAACAUAGCCCUAAACUAAGGUUAAUUGAAAAAGGAAUAUACAUAUUUACAAGUAUACACAUAUUCAAUUGCACAUCUAGCUAACACUGUACUAGUCAAUAUUGAAGCGUUUCAAAAAAUCUAAAUGUCUUAAUGGUGGUGGUGAAUAGGUAAAAGAAGGUUU